AUGGAUGCGGGUAAAACCAAACGCUCGAGUGUCAGGCAUGAAGAAAUUUCAAAUGCACCAUCUGCACUGGAGGCUCAUGAAGAUGCUGUGAAGCACAUCAAACUGCAGAAGGAUAAAGCAGGAUGUGAAGUUAGGCCUGUAAAUGACAUAAUUGGAAAGGGAGUGUUUGCAUUGAAAGAGUAUAAAAAGAGAGAAUUCAUCCUGGAGUAUGAUGGUAAACUAAUAUCCUAUGAAGAAGGUACACCUGACUGUGACCUGAGUGAACUCAGGUGUCCUGUUGCUAUCCGUUUUCAUCAUAUUGAUGCAACAUUUUCGAAAAGAAUUGGGCGGUAUGUGAAUGAUGCCGCCAAAAGUAACCAUGAAAACAAUGCCGAAAUGGUCCAACUGUAUCUUGAUGGUAGACCUUAUUUGGCGUUGUUUGCAACACGGUAUAUUAAGCCUGGGGAAGAAAUAAGAUACGAUUAUGGUGUGAAAGACUUGCCUUGGAGAUUAGAAAAGAUUCCACAAGUUCAGAAGAAAUCAAAGCAGAUUGCCUCUGGAAUCCUCUUUAAGCUCAACGAUCACCCAGAAGACCAGCGAUGA